AACAACAGCAUACCUUUUCUUCAUCGUCGACGACGUCUUGGUCAUGGUUUUGGCCUCUUCUUCGGUUAUCGGUGGAUUCCUUGGUGGGAGAUCUGAAAGCCCUCUUCACUGCAGUCAACCAAGAGGAAGUGCUGCCUCCCUUCUUCCCCAUCAAGAAGAGCAGCUGUGGAGUUUUUUUCUCUUGGUGUUGUCCUUGUCUAAGUUAAAAACCCCACAGCUGCAUUUACAGCGAGGCAGGCAGCUUGGGAGGAGAGUAAAGACGGUCAUAAUGAGUGACAGGCAGGCUGUGAGUGAGUGAGCCAUAUGCAGAUGCAGAGGCGAGGCGAGGCGAGGGUGGAGAGAUUAAUUAAAUUAAUUAACUGGGGGAGAGAGCGGGAGACUGGGAUUAUUAUACGGUCAAACUGGUGGGAAAUGGGAAAGUAGAACACCCUCCCUUCUGAUCUGAACGUGGGUGUUUGUUCUUCGCUUUUGGGAAUGG